UGUGUCCGUGGAUGUGGGACAACUUUACCUGCUGGCAGGCUGCCGACGUUGGCGAGGUUGUGACGGUGAACUGUCCAGACCUCUUUCAUGACUUCAUGACCCCAAAAGAAGGUGAAAAUGGGAAGGUCAAUCGGAACUGUACAGAGUAUGGCUGGUCUGAGCCUUAUCCUCACUAUUUGGACAUCUGCUAUCUUGUCGAAAACACCACAAAACAAGACCCGUUUUUUCCAUCUGUCAAAGCCCUGUACACAGUUGGGUACAGCACGUCACUGGUCUCUCUAACUACAGCCAUGGUCAUUCUCUGCAGAUUUAGGAAGCUGCACUGCACCAGAAACUUCAUUCACAUGAACCUGUUCGUGUCCUUCAUCCUGAGAGCCAUCUCCGUCUUUAUCAAGGAUGGUGUGCUGUACUCCCAGGAAGAAAGCGACCACUGCUUCGUGCAUACAGUGGCGUGCAAAGCAGUGAUGAUUUUCUUGCAUUACUGCGUCAUGUCCAACUAUUUCUGGCUGUUCAUUGAGGGCCUGUAUCUCUUUACUCUGCUGGUUGAGACCUUCUUCCCCGAGAGACGCUAUUUCUACUGGUACACCAUUGUUGGGUGGGGAACCCCAACCAUUUGUGUGACUGUCUGGGCCGUUCUGAGGCUUCAUUUCCAUGACACUGGAUGCUGGGAUACAAAUGAGCACACUGCCCUCUGGUGGGUGAUUAAAGGACCUGUUGUGGCUUCAAUAAUGAUCAAUUUUGUCCUCUUUGUCGGAAUCAUCAUCAUCUUGGUGCAAAAGCUGCAGUCCCCUGAUAUUGGAGGAAAUGAGUCCAGCAUUUAUCUCCGUCUGGCACGCUCCACUCUCCUUCUCAUCCCGCUGUUUGGUAUUCACUACACCGUCUUCGCCUUCUCGCCUGAGGAUGUCAGCAAGAGGGAGAGGCUGGUCUUUGAGCUGGGCCUUGGAUCCUUCCAGGGCUUUGUGGUAGCUGUUCUCUACUGUUUCCUCAAUGGAGAGGUGCAGUCAGAGAUCAAGAGGAAAUGGCGCAGCUGGACGGUGAACCGGUACUUUGCUGUGGAUCUGAAGCAGCAGAGGCACCCUUCGUUGGCCAGCAGUGGGGUGAACGGCGGGACUCAGCUGUCGAUCCUCAGCAAGAGCAGCUCGCAGAUACGCAUGUCCAGCCCGUUGGCGGAGAACGCCAACAUCAGCCUGCCGACCUGAGCGUCUGAUCGUCCAGAGUCGACUUCAAGGUGCCCUUACACUUUCAUCAGACCAACCAGAGCAGACCAAAGUGGCCCCUUGCAAUUCUUAUAUUUUCUACUUUAUAAAAAGGAAAAGCAUUUUACUAAACAUGUUCAGUUUUAUUUGGGUAUACUACAAUAAAAUAGAAAUAUUUAUUUAGCAGAGAACUGAGGUGGAAAUUCUUUUCUAAUUAAAAUAGAAAUAUUUAUUUAGCAGAGAACUGAGGUGGUAAAUUCUUUUCUAAUUAUCGCAGCACCUUAUCAUUUUCAAUCAAAUUCGAUUUCAAUUCCCUACAAGCAAAAGCUUCUCAGAAAUGUAAACAAAUGAAGACUGUGCCAUAAGAAAGACACUAAUUUUGUGAAUCGUUUCAGAAAGGUGACGCGUUAUUGUUAAAUGUUUGGGGGGUCAUGUUUGAUCUGUUUGCAUAAACUAAAUGUGCUUCAAAGUGCCAUACAGUUCGCCUGACCGGAUAUCACUACAGUCCAAAGUUGAAAUAAAACAAAACAACCAAAAGCUCGCCUUGCUUGUACAAAACGCUCAACGUUUAUAUGUAAAUGUUUCAUCUUUGAAUUAAAACAUGUUUCUUAAAUCAGCCGUAAGUACAAAGUAUGUCAAAAUACACUCAUUUUGAAUAUAUAUAUAUAU